AUGGCUUCGGAAAAGGUUCCUGUCGACGAUGUUGUUGUUGCGCGGUCUUCAGUAGAGAUUGGUGACAGUAAGAGCACUGAUGAUGGGCUCCCCACCAACGCGGGCAACGACGUCGAUGUUGCUGCCACCUUCUUGGCUACCCUCGACCCGGCCAUACUGGCCGAGCCCAUCUCCGCAAAGGAAUAUCGCAAGCUGCUCUGGAAGAUCGAUCUGACGAUCCUCCCUCUGUUAUGGGUCACCACGAUCGUCGGCGCUGUCGACAAGGUCAUCAUCUCAAAUGCGGCCAUCUACGGCAUGCGGACCGAUGCCCACCUCGGGGGCAACGAGUUCAACUGGGUCGGCUCGAUCUUUUACUUUGGCUAUCUGGCGUUCGAGUUCCCUGCCGCGAUUCUCAUUCAGCGUCUGCCUGUGGGCAAAUUCUUUGCCCUCACAGUCUUUGCCUGGUCGGUUCUCCUGAUGUGCACUGCUGCGGCCCAGAAUUACGGCGGCCUCCUUGCGGUCCGUUUCUUCAUGGGCAUGUUUGAAUCAGUCAUUUUCCCCACCGCGACCAUUGUCACCGUGAUGUGGUGGAGAACCGAGGAACACCCAAUCCGUAUCGCAUGCUGGUUCUCGCAGUUCUCGUCUAUCUUCUCGGGAAUCGUGAGUUACGGUAUUGGGAACACGCACACUGCUAUCCACCCAUGGCGGCUCCUUUUCAUCGUGCUGGGAGCCUUUUCACUGCUUUGGGCCGUUGUGUUAUGGUUCUUGCUUCCGGACUCGCCAUUGAAGUGCUGGUACUUGUCCGACCGGGAAAAGUAUGUAGCAAUAGAGCGUGUCAAAGGGAACAACACUGGUGUCGAGGACAAGAAGAUCAAAUGGUACCAAGUACGCGAGUGUUUGACUGAUCCAAAAACUUGGUUAAUCGCCAUCUUUGCAUGCGCCCAAAAUAUUCCCAACGGUGGCCUCAUAACCUUCGCCGGUAUUAUUGUUUCUGGGUUGGGCUACACCCCCUUGAUCACUACCCUUCUCGGUAUUCCUACCGGGGUUAUUGCCACGGUUUGGAGCUGGAUGAUGGCGUACCCCACUGGGAAGAUCAAAAAUUGCCGGUGUGCUAUCAUCGCUGUCGCAAAUGUCAUCACGAUCGUCUGUGCCAUCCUCAUGUGGAAGUUGCCCCGGAGCAACAAGCACGGUCUCCUGGCCGCCUACUACGUCUUCUACACGUACUGGGGCCCUUACGCCAUUUCCACUUCUCUGCCACUAGCGAAUACAUCUGGGCAUUCGAAGAAGGUGACCAUGAACGCUGUAUUCUUCGUGGCCUACUGUCUGGGCAACAUCCUCGGCCCGCAAGCUUUUCGAGCCGCCGAUGCUCCAGACUACUCCCACGGCUACCAAGGCCUACUCGCCUGUCUCGUCCUGUCCAUGUUUGCAAUCUCUGGCUACGGCUUCUUAUGCUGGUGGGAAAACAAGCGAAGAGAUGCGGCGAUGGAUAUCGACGGGCAGGCUAAGGAAGCCGAAGCCUUCUCUGAUCUGACUGACCAAGAGAAGAAGUCAUUCCGCUACACCUAUUAGUCCCGAUGACAGGAAUUUUGUGUCUUAACUGAGAGUUUAAUUGAAGAGGUGCUUCGUUGGGGUGUUAGUUACAAACUUUGGAAGAUUGGAGUAUGCGUGAUCUUGGAGGAGUGGUUAGAUGCUUUCGACCAGUGCCUCCCGCAGAAUAGUACAAACCCAACAUUAUAUUUCUGGAUUAAGUUUCAUCACAC